UAUUUCUUUGUUUCCCGGCGAAAAAAAAAAGGGAAAAAAAGGGAAAAAAAGAAAAAUAAACCAAAAAAAAAGGCCCCGCGCUCGGGAACCCCCCGCGGGGGCGGAUGGUGCUGCCGUGAGCGGGGCGGGCCGGGCCGGGCCGGGCCGGCGGGAUGAAGCGGCGGAGCGCGGACUGCAGCAAACUGCGGCGGCCGCUCAAGCGGAACCGCAUCACCGAGGGCAUCUACGGCAGCACGUUCCUGUACCUGAAGUUCCUGGUGGUGUGGGCCCUGGUGCUGCUGGCAGAUUUUGUGCUGGAGUUCAGGUUUGAGUACCUGUGGCCCUUCUGGCUCUUCAUCAGGAGUGUGUACGACUCCUUCCGCUACCAGGGGCUGGCCUUCUCAGUGUUUUUUGUGUGUGUGGCAUUCACCUCCAACAUCAUCUGUCUGCUCUUCAUCCCAAUCCAGUGGCUGUUCUUUGCUGCCAGCACCUAUGUGUGGGUACAGUAUGUGUGGCACACAGAAAGAGGAGUGUGCUUACCAACAGUAUCACUGUGGAUACUUUUUGUUUAUAUUGAAGCAGCCAUUAGAUUUAAAGAUUUAAAAAACUUCCACGUGGACCUUUGUCGUCCCUUUGCAGCACACUGCAUUGGUUACCCAGUUGUGACUUUGGGCUUUGGCUUUAAAAGUUACGUCAGCUACAAGAUGCGCUUGAGGAAGCAGAAGGAGGUGCAGAAGGAGAACGAGUUCUACAUGCAGCUCCUGCAGCAGGCACUGCCCCCAGAGCAGCAGAUGCUGCAAAGGCAGGAGAGGGAGGCAGAGGAAGCAGCCAAAGGAUUAUCUGAUAUGGAUUCCUCAAUACUCCUGCAGCACAAUGGAGGCAUUCCAGCCAAUAAAAAAAUCUCUGCAACGUUGCCAGAGCUGGAAUAUCGAGAAAAAGGGAAAGAAAAGGACAAGGAUGCAAAGAAACACAACCUUGGAAUAAACAACAACAUUUUGCAACCUGUAGACUCUAAAAUACAAGAAAUUGAAUAUAUGGAAAACCAUAUCAAUAGUAAAAGAUUAAAUAAUGAUCUUGUAGGAAGUACAGAAAACCUCUUGAAAGAGGACUCAUGCACUGCCUCGUCCAAAAAUUACAAAAAUGUCAGCGGGGUUGUGAACUCCUCCCCCCGCAGCCACAGCAACGGGAGCAUCCCCUCCUCAUCCUCCAAAAACGAGAAAAAACAGAAAUGUGCCAGCAAGAGCCCCAGCACACAUAAGGACUUAAUGGAGAACUGUAUUCCUAAUAACCAGCUAAGCAAACCAGAUGCACUGGUCAGGUUGGAACAGGACAUCAAGAAGCUAAAGGCUGACCUGCAGGCCAGCAGGCAGGUGGAGCAGGAGCUGCGCAGCCAGGUGAGCUCGCUGAGCUCCGCCGAGCGCGGCACGCGCGCCGAGAUGGGCCAGCUGCGCCAGGAGAACGAGCUGCUGCAGACCAAAUUGCACAACACUGUACAGAUGAAACAAAAAGACAAACAAACCAUCAGCCAGCUGGAGAAGAAGCUAAAGGCAGAGCAGGAGGCAAGAACCUUUGUAGAAAAACAAUUAAUGGAAGAAAAGAAAAGGAAGAAGUUGGAAGAAGCAACUGCUGCACGAGCUGUGGCCUUCGCUGCUGCUACGAGGGGGGAGUGCACCGAGACCUUGCGGAAUCGCAUCCGGGAGCUGGAGACAGAGUGCAAGAAGUUAACAAUCGACAUCAAAGUCAAGGAGGAUCAGAUCAGAGAGCUGGAAAUGAAAGUUCAGGAGCUGAGGAAGUACAAGGAGAACGAGAAGGACACCGAGGUGCUGAUGUCUGCCCUGUCAGCCAUGCAGGACAAGACCCAGCACCUGGAGAACAGCCUGAGUGCAGAGACCAGGAUCAAGCUGGACCUGUUCUCUGCCCUGGGGGAUGCCAAGAGGCAGCUGGAGAUUGCCCAAGGUCAGAUCCUGCAGAAGGACCAGGAGAUCAAGGAGCUGAAGCAGAAGAUUGCAGAGGUGAUGGCAGUGAUGCCCAGCAUCUCGUACAGCGCCGCCACCAGCACGCUCAGCGCCGUGGCCCCGCAUUACUCGGCCAAGUUUGUGGAGCCCAACCCCUCUGGGCUGGACCCCAACGCCUCUGUGUACCAGCCCCUGAAGAAAUGAGGCCAGCCAGGCUGCUCUGCAAAUUCUGUGCUGUGGGAACUGUGUUUGUUGUCAUUUCCAGCAGGAGAAAAGAGCAUUGAACUAGAAAUGCCCAUCUGGUUUUUUGGAAUUUUUUUUUUUUUCUUUUUCUUGUAAAUUUUUAGGGAACCUCACAGAAUUUGGAGAUUUGUUUUUCCUUGGCCAACGCAUUAAAAAGAGAAAAAAACAAUUCUUGGGUUUUUUCAAGUAGCCAAUUUUUGCCUUUUUAUGUAAUCUUGCAUGGUUUCCUCUUGAAAAAAAAAAACAAAAAAAUCCCCACAGGGCUUUGCUUGGUUUCUCCUCAGAUUUUUAUUUCAUGCUCAAUUUGGAUUUGCAGAUUCACCCUUCAGUUCUCCCAGUGCAAUUUAAACCAACCCACAAAUAAAUAUCAAUAUAAAUAUAAAUGUGUCCAAUACAAACACAUGGAUGUUGCAGAAGAUAAUUUGAAUUUUUUUUUCCCCCCCUCUCAAAGGACCAAACAAAUUCCAGGGGCGUUGUUGAAGGAAUAAAGAAGAGCUGCUGAUGUG